ACUUCAAACGGACAUAAUGUCUACAUCACUAAAUAUUGCAAAUAAAAAACAUGUGUGGGAAUAUUAUGUGAAACUAUCGGAUUUUGAAGCACAGUGCAAGUUUUGCGAAAAUAGACAUAUAUAUUUAAAAGAUGGAGAUUUAAAAACACAUAUGGCAAAUCAUCAUAUAAAAAUUUGGAAAUACGAAGAAGAAAAAACGAUAAUAAAAGGGCCAUGGAUGUCGUUCAAAUAUUUAAGAAAAUCAUAUUCACAAUGCAUUAUCUGUAACGCACAUGUUCUGUCUACAUUCGAAUAUGUAAAAAAUCACUUGAGUUCACAUUCUGAAAAACAACGGGAGAAUCAUACAUUUCGCAGUUGGCCAUGGAAAUAUUCGACAAAGAAAGAUGAUUUUGUAGUGGAGUGUAAUAUUUGUAAUAAGAAUGUAUUUGUUCAGGUUCAUAAUUACUUGGAUGUUCAUAUAAAAGUAAAACAUUGGGACAAAUUGAAAAAUACGCAAGAAACACAUGACACAGUUGGUUCAUCAGAAUGCGUCUCAUCACUUCAAACAAACACAACGUCUAAGUCACUAACUAUUGUAACUAAAAAACAUUUGUGGAAAUACUUUGUUAAACUGCCGGAUUUUAAAGCGCAGUGCAUGUUUUGUGAAAACAUAUAUUAUUAUAUAAACAAUGGAAAUUUCUAUAAUCAUAUGGAAAACUAUCAUGACAAAUUUUUGAAAUACGAACAAGAAAGGAAACUAAUAAAAUUGCCAUGGAUGUAUUUCAAGUAUUUAAACAAAUCACAUUCACAGUGUAUUAUUUGUGACGCAAAUGUUCUGUCUACAUCCGAAUCUGUAGAAAAUCAUUUGGGUUCACAUUCUGAAAAACAACGAAAGAAUCAUAUUUUUUGCAGUUUGCUAUGGAAAUAUUCGACAAAGAGAGAUGAUUUUGUAGUGGAGUGUAAUAUUUGUAAUAAGAAUGUAUCUCUUCAUGUUCCUGCUAACCUGGAUGUUCAUAUAAAAGGAAAACAUUGGGACAAAUUGAAAAAUACGCAAAAAACACAUGACACAGUUGGUUCAUCAGAAUGCGUUUCAUCACUUCAAACGGUCACAACGUCUAAGUCGUUAACUAUUGUAACUAAAAAGAAUGUGUGGAAAUAUUGUGUUAAACUGCCGAAUUUUAAAGCGCAAUGCAUAUUUUGUGAAAAAAAAUAUUAUUAUAUAACCGUUGAUUCUUUCCGAAUUCAUAUUGCAAGACAUCAUAGAAAAAUUUGGAAAUACGAAGAAGAGAAAAAACGAAUAAAAUUGCCAUGGAUGUAUUUCAAGUAUUCAAACAAAUUAUAUUCGCAAUGUAUUAUCUGUAAUGCAAAUGUUAGAUCUACAUCUGAAUCUACAGAAAAUCAUUUGAGUUCGCAUUCUGAAAAACAACGAAAGAAUCAUAUCCUUCGCAGUUGGCCAUAUAAAUAUAUGACAAGAAGAGAUGAUUUUGUAGUGGAGUGUAAUAUUUGUUACAAGAAUUUCGCUCUUGGUAUUUACCAAGGACUGAUUUUUCAUAUAAAAAUGACACAUUCGGACAAAUUGAAAAAUACAAAUUGAUGAAACACGUAACACAGUUGGUUCAUCAGAACGCGUUUUGUCACUUCAAACGGACUGUCUAUACCAUUGAAUGAUUGUUAUAUAUUGUUAAAAAAUGUCCACCUUAGGUUUUGCAUAUAAAAAAAUGCAUGUAUAAAUUUAUACUCUUGAACAAAAAUACUAAAGUUUACACGGAUCAAGAUUUAUUUUAUAUAUUUUAACUUCAUAGAAUUAGUUGGCUAUGGAAAUACUGUACCGAAAGUGAUGUUUUGAAGCAGAAUGUAAUAUUUGUCGCGAAUACACAAAUUCGAUGCUACUAGAAUAAAUUUAAAUGACUAUAUUAAGAAUGACCAUCAUUUGGCAAGUUAACUACAUUAAAUGAAAAAAUAUUAAUCCGGAAGUUGACAAUGGAAAAUGAUGGUAACGGUAUCCAAAUUACAUCACAACCAGCAGUAUUGCCAUUUCAGAAAUUAUCGUAUUUUAUUUCCCUGAAUGGAAUCCACAAUGUUUGAAAACUAAUUUAAAAGCUGAAGUCUGCAAAUGAAAACUGAGAAUUUUUCUGAUAGAAACG